AUGGCUCCAGUGAACCAGCCAAAGGACAAGAAGCACGAGAGGGCACAUGAGCAUUGGCCGGAAGAGGCAAAAUCAGCUGGGAAGAGGAAACCGGACUACGAGGAACUAGGGAAUGAGCCACAAGCAAAGAGGUUGUUUGUGAGAAAAACAUCCAAGCCCCCAGAGAAAAUCGGUUGGAGUGGAGGUGGGUCCAUGGUGAGAAACAACAAAGUCCUUUUCCAUCAGCUGGAGCGGCAGUGCAGCAUUGUUCAUUAUGUCUACCAGAACAUGCUGGGAGGCUCCAUUCGGGCACAGCUCAGGCAGUGUCUGCAACUGCCCUUUCUGCGUUCUCUCGCCUCAUACCGCCUCUUUCGAACAGCAAGUCCCUUUGACAGGAGAGUGACAUGCCUGGAGUGGCAUCCAACACACCCCAGUACUGUAGCUGUUGGUUCCAAAGGUGGAGACAUCAUCCUUUGGGACUAUGAAGUACUUACUAAAACCUGCUUCAUAAAAGGGAUGGGAGCUGGAGGGGCCAUCACAGGAAUGAAGUUUAACCCUUUUAACCCUAGUCAGCUGUACACUUCGUCAGUUGCCGGCACUACCACCCUGCAGGAUUUUAAUGGCAAUACUGUCCGGGUCUUCACCAGCACCGAGGACUGGGAUUGCUGGUACUGCAGUGUUGAUGUUUCUGCAAGCUGCCGUGCCGUGGUGACAGGUGAUAAUGUGGGCAACGUGGUCCUGCUCAGCACUUCUGGUGAAGAGAUUUGGAAGCUGAAGUUGCACAGGAAGAAAGUGACUCAUGUGGAGUUUAACUCCCGAUGUGAGUGGUUGUUGGCCACAGCGUCUGUGGAUCAGACAGUCAAAAUCUGGGACCUCAGAAACAUCAAAAACAAAAUGAAUUUUCUUCAUCUGCUUCCUCAUGACAAACCUGUCAAUGCAGCUUACUUCAGCCCAACAGAUGGUGCCAAGCUCCUGAGCACAGACCAGCGCAGUGAAAUCAGGGUUUACUCGUCUUCAGACUGGACCAAGCCACAGCAUCUGAUCCCACAUCCACAUCGGCAGUUUCAGCACCUCACACCUAUUAAGGCAACAUGGCAUCCUCGCUAUGACCUCAUUGUAGCAGGUCGCUACCCAGACCCAAAGUUCCCAGGGUACACGGUGAAUGAGCUACGAACUGUUGAUGUAUUCGAUGGAAACACUGGGGAGAUGGUUUGUCAACUCCAUGAUCCAAAUGCUUCUGGUAUCAUCUCGCUCAAUAAAUUUAAUCCUAUGGGAGACACGCUGGCUUCUGGCAUGGGCUUUAAUAUUCUGAUCUGGAGCCGGGAGGAGAUGGUGGCCAAGAAGCAAGAACAUCUUUUGAAAGCCAUGACAGAACAGGGGAUUGGAAGCUGGAGUUUAUCCAGACGUGGAGGGCAGAGGCAGGCAAACCCCGGGACAAGCAAACUCAAAGCUAAGUUACUGUCUUGGGAGCUGGAAGAGACGAGAACAAAAAACGACGAUUCUAAAUCACAGGGAAGGAAGCGAAAAGGGAAGGAUCUAGAGAACUGAUUUAGUAUUUUGAUCCUUUCUGGAUCACAGGGUACAAAUUAAUUGUUGGCAAUGGGCAGUAUAAGCCAUGCAGGGCAUUAGACUUCUACUUUGUCCUUCCUCCCUGGAUCUGAUCUUGCUUCACUGAUUCCUUUUGCUUCCCCUUCUAGAAAGUUGUGUCAGUACUCAGUUCCUCCUCCAAGUGGAGUUACCACCCAUUUUCCGAGGCACUAGGAAAACUUCAAAGAUGUUCUCAGAUCCUGCUCUGAAGUUACUGCUUCCAGCCUGCUGCAUCUGCUUGUCAUCACUUCUCAGAGGUUACCAUUUCCUGUAGUCUGCUGUGGAGCUACUCACAGCAGGGUCCUCAGCCUGUUCUUUCUAGUCAAACUGAGCCGAGAAACCCUUUGCUAACAAGGUUAGCGUCCUGAAAAGGUAGAAUGUUCACAGGGGUGAGGCGAUGGAUAGCUUGGGUAGCCUAGGGAACACCAACCUCUUCCAUAUGCAAGCUUCUUGGAAAAUGUGCAUCUGUCAAGACCUCAGGCUUAGUCUGUUCUGUGCUUGCAGCUAUUUAACUAGACCACGAAGAAUAUGAUGAUGCCAGAGCUCUUUACCUGCCUCAUGGGAUGCAAGGGCAGUAUGGAGCUGGGAACCUACUGAUUCUGUAGUUUCUGUUUUCAGAGCUCUAGGCUUUUUCUUGCCACCGAUUAGGUAAUUUUUUUCACCCAUGCCUAUGUGCUUCAGAGUGUUGGAUAGAAGUGUUGUAAAGCAGAAAUGAGGAAUUUCUUCCAAACACCCCUGCUCAGAGCCAAAUCUCAAGACUGCUGUUAAACUGAAAAGUUUUGCUUUUUCUAGUUUGUUUACAAGGUUGCCUGGGGCCUUGCUGCUGUCCCAGAGGUUGAUGGAUGGGACAGGCUCCAGGCCUGCUCAGAUUCUUUAUGUUCACUUUUAUAGUUUCGCAG